CCCACUACGACGCCAAAACAAUUGCGACCCACGAGUCACACGCACUAUAAACGAGUCCUUUCGCCCCCCCUGUUGCUAUCUUGUUGUUUACACUUGAGACUAUUACUAGUACUACUUGCAAAAAGGGCCUGUGAAGAACAUGGCUGGAGCAAAGAUCUUCUCGAUUGAGGGCAAGGGCCUGAAACUCACCACCGCGGAGGAUAUUGAGCCACACAUCCAGGACCUGAAGAGCAACGACGAUGUAGAGGAGAUCAAGUUCUUGGGCAACACAUUGGGCAUCGGAGCCAGCGAGGCUCUUGCUAAGGUCUUGGAGGGCAAGAAGAGUCUACAGGUCGCAAACCUCGCCGACAUCUUCACCUCGCGUCUCCUCUCUGAGAUCCCACCUGCGCUAUCGCACCUCCUCACCUCCCUCCUUACCCUGCCAAACCUCCACACCGUCGACCUUUCGGACAACGCGUUUGGCCUCAACACCGUUGCCCCGCUCGUAGACUUCCUGUCGCAACACACCCCACUACGCUACCUCUACCUAAACAACAACGGUCUCGGACCCGCAGCCGGUGUCCUCGUCGCCGAUGCACUCACCGCACUCGCCGCCAAAAAGGAGGCAGCACGGAAGGAUGGCAAAGAAGUCCCAGACCUCGAGCUAGUAAUCUGCGGUCGCAACCGUCUGGAGAACGGCAGCAUGGCCGCAUGGGCAAAAGCAUAUGCCGCCAACAGUGGCGUCAAGACCAUCAAGAUGACACAGAACGGCAUUCGUCAGGAGGGUAUCUCACACCUCAUUACCAACGGUCUCGCACACCUGUCUAAACUAGACACGCUCGAUCUCCAAGACAACACAUUCACAGCCAUGGGCGCAAAUGCCCUGAGCAAAGCCGUCGGAAACUGGACCGAGCUCCGUGAGCUUGGCGUAGGCGACUGUCUCCUCAGCGGACGCGGAGGCGUUGCGCUCGCCGCCGCGCUGGAGAAGGGCAAGAACAAGAAGGUUGAAGUCCUCCGCCUCCAAUUCAACGAUAUCAACGCCAAGGGUCUUGCUGGCCUGGCCUCUGCCUCUUCGUCUGCCCUCCCUGCUCUCCGUCGUGUGGAAAUAAAUGGCAACAAGUUCGACGAGGAGGACCCUAGUAUCGAGAAGCUCCGCAGUGUGCUCGAUGAGCGGAAAGAGGCGUCUGGUGAACACGAGGACGAUGAGGAGUACUGGGGUCUGGACGAGCUAGAUGAGUUGGAGAGCGAAGACGAAGAUGAAGAGGAGAGUGACGCGGAGGAGAAGCGCGGCGAUGCUGAUGACGACGAGGAGGGUGUCGAGGUCGAGGAGAAGGCUGCGAGACAGAUUGUUGAAGAUACCAAGGCCGAGGAGAGCAAUGUGCCACAGGAGAAGGAUAAGAAGGUUGAUGAUUUGGCGGACCUCAUGUCCAAGACGGAAAUUAAGUGAGUGGGUUGCAUUGGGCGUAAGGAUAGUGUUCAGAAACCGAGGAGGCCUUGUCAUGCAUUUAGCGGCUUGGAAUGGUCGGUGAAGGUUUCUUUGAGUAGGUUCGUAAGAAUUGAUACCAUGGAUGUUUCUUCAUGUUUGCUUCACGUUUGCACAGUAGGAAAUGAAACCUGGAUACGAGUUUCUGUAAGGAAGAAGGCAGAUACGGUUCAUUUAGGUGCCCUACAGACGGCUCAAUUAUGUAUACAGGUUCG